AUGGCGAGCACAAACAUGCGUCGCUCGACGCUGGCUGCCAUCGAUCCGAAUCAGAACAAUGGACAUCUUCCAUCCGCACUCCCAUUCCCUGCUUCCGCUGCCAAGUCUGUCAAGACGAUCUCUAGUGGUCCCUUCCAACCUCGUGCUUCUAUGAUCCCUCAGCAGUCCAACCCAGUCCGUCAGGUCAGUGCAACAGCCACUGCACGAGAUGUUCAACAAGGCUCGCAACAUUCAGGUCCCCUACACUCGGCAACACAGAGUGGUCGUCGUGGUGACUCUGGCAUGUAUGCUGGCCGUCAGAGUGUCGCCUCAGCAGGCCGCCUGAGCGUUGCAGUCAACGCAACACCAAACUCCAGAAGAUCUAUGGCCGGAAGGCUGUCAAUUGCUCCUGGAAACAUCGGCAACACUGGUGGCUCAGGCGUGAGGGAGAGCAGGCCCAUCAAAGACAAGUACUACAAGACCCGCAUGGGUCUCACAGUGAAGGAGCAUCUCGAGCGCACAGGAUUCACCAUGAUGGGAUGGGAUGCGAACAAAGGUGUUCACGAGCCAACUCAAUCUGCUUUCGUCGGCAUGUUCAAGCACAUCUACGCCACUUGCAUCGACACAAACUUUGUCAUGGGCGCAGACGGCAAGAAAUUCGAGGAGGAGGUGCUAACACUGAUGAAAGAGAUCAAGUAUCCUGCGGCAGACGAACUUAGCAAGACCAAGCUCACUGCUGCUGGUAGUCAAAGUCACUGGCCCUACUGUCUCGCUAUGCUCGAGUGGAUGGUCAACCUUGGCAACCAAGCAGAGACCAUCGGCACCGGUCCCAGAUCACGACCAGACGAGAUCGAAGACUUGCAGUCUCUCUUCUUCCCGUAUCUGUGGGACUGUUACGAUCGCUUCUGGCAGAACGAGGACACUUAUCCCGAAGAGCAUGCUAAGCUCGGAGUUCGCUUUGAGGAGAAGAACGCGGCGAUAGAGCGCCAACUCAAGGAUCUUCAAGCAGAGCAUAUCAAGCUGGAAGAAGAGCUCUCCGACUACCUCAAGAACGACUCUCCGCUCAAGAUCGAGCGAAGCGAAAACGAGAUGCUUACCAAGGAUGUUUCCAAGUUCCACAAAUACUACGACGAGGUGCUCAUGCCUAAGCUCGACAAGACCAAAAAGGCCAUCGAGAGGCUCAUCAAGGAGAUUGCGCUUACCGAAAAGGAAAUCGAUGACAAGCAGAAGCGCAAAGUCGACCUGCAGGAACAGGUCAAUGCUCAGGAGAUGUCGGCGGAAGAAUACGAGAGAAUGUUGGCGGAGAGGAACCGUCUCAGCAAGCGUCUCGAGGUGUUGGGCGAACAAAACAAGAAGGCAGCUGGAGACGGAUGGUCGCUCGAGAUAGCCAUCGCCAAGAAGCAGGCCGACACAGAAGACCGUAUCUCGAAAUUUAACCCCUUGGCGCGAUCCAUUUCACUUCUGCCAUUCAAGCUCACUUCUGGUGCUGUCAUUGAGGAGCUCGAACUGACACCAUCCAACGCCUCGACGAUGCUGCAACCGGGUGUCGACAUCAAGGGCUCCUUCCGUCGACAGAUCGAGAUGCUGCGCUCGCAAGAAGCCGACAAGUACCGUCAUGCCUCCAAGAAGCGUCUCACCAUGCAGGAGGAGUACGAGAGGCUGCAGGAAGCGCUUUCAGACAAAGAGACACAGCUCCUCUCGGACCGAGAGCGUUGUGAGGCCUUGUCCAGGCAAGCCGCUGAAUACGAAAAGAGCUGCAAGACAGUACAGGAGCGAUACAAAGCAGACGAAGGCAAGCUGGAGAGAUCGACCUACGAGACGGAAGCGUCCGGAAGCGUCCACCUUCAACAGGCCGAGUCGAGGUUGACAAGUCUCCAACUCACUGCCGAACACAAGGAAGAGGAGUGGAGCCAGCAACGAUCUCGAGUGGACGAAGACAUGCUCAACUUUGUCGUGCUCUUGAGCAAGAUGAAGGGCGAUGUCACCGGACAGCUGCGUGAAAUCCAAGCAGCCGUGGCGCUUAAGAGCCGCGAUGAUUGA